AAUGCCUUCUUCCGUUUCCCUGAUGGUGAAGAGAUCAGGAGCAGAUUCAGAGAGGACAUUAAGCUCUUGGAUCUUGACACAGACACACGUAUUUACACACACUUACAUCGCAGAGCCACAGGUGACACCAAGAAGGACUUUAUUGAAUCUUUACUAGAGUUGGAACUUCAGAGGUGUCAAACCAAAGAAUGGCAUCCCAGGGUAUGGCAAACAAAGGUCCAUCUUAUGGGUUGAGCCGCCAAGUGCAGGACAAAAUCGAGCAGAAGUAUGACGGUGAACUUGAGGGGCGUUUGGUGGAGUGGAUUGUGGCUCAGUGUGGAUCUGGAGUGGGAAAACCAGAACCAGGAAAACUGGGUUUCCAGACUUGGCUCAAAGAUGGAUGUGUUUUGUGUGAACUCAUCAAUAGUCUCUGUAAAGACAAGCCUGUGAAGAAGAUCCAGAACUCAAGUAUGGCUUUCAAACAGAUGGAGCAGGUGUCUCAGUUCCUUAAUGCUGCUGAGAAGUAUGGCGUCAUUAAAACUGACAUGUUUCAGACCGUUGAUCUGUGGGAAGGAAAGGAUUUGGCCGCUGUGCAGAGGACACUCAUGGCCCUGGGCAGCAUUGCUGUUACAAAAGAUGACGGCAUGUUUCAAGGUGAUCCCAGCUGGUUCUUCAAGAAAGCUCAUGAGAACCGUAGAGACUUUUCUGAAGACCAGAUAAAAGAAGGGAAAAACGUCAUAGGUUUGCAGAUGGGAUCAAAUAAAGGAGCAUCCCAGGCUGGCAUGACAGGCUAUGGUAGACCUCGACAGAUCAUGAACCCAUGAAUCAACAACUUGAUUUGUUUGACAAUGAUUAUGCCGUGUAAUAAAGGAUUAACAAGAACAGUUUGAUAAUAAAACAGCUUUCAUGUCUAA